AUGGCCAAGCGAAAAAGAGGCGCCCACGACGACCGACCCCCCGUGGAUGUAGGGCUCGGCGCAACUCUGGCGCACAUGCGCGGCGGCGACGAGGACAAUGUCGACGAGGCAACGAGGACAGCGGCCCAGAGCGGCGGCGGCGACGAGGGCUGGACAGUGGUCGGCGCAGACAAGAGGAGACGAAAGGGACCAAAUGCGCAUCAAAAGGACGGCGGCCACCGCCACCCAGCAGGCACCCAGGACGCUGACCAGAGCCUGUCGAGGGAGGAUCGCAGAAAGGAACGCAAGCUGGACAGAAACUACCCGGCCAUUGAGCACUCUCACCACGCCCGCCUCAACUCACAUGUCAAGGUGACGGACCUGCAGGCGCUGGUGCUGUAUCUGCUGGCGGACGGCAAUGCGCCGCAGUGGGUGUCUGUGCGAUGCCGCACAAACAUCCAGCAGGUUGUCAUGCUCAUGGUCCCGGGGUUGGACCUGGGCAUGUUCAACGGAGGUGUUGCACUCGAGGCUGCACCGCCGCCAAAUGCUGAAGCCGCCGAAGGCGAGGCGACGGAUUCCAAACCAAAGCGGCUGAGCAUCUCGCCCGAUGACUUUUAUCCCGCUAGUCUGAAACCUGACCGGCUGCCUGCAUCGCUCAAGCCGCUGGCGGCCAUGUUCGAGCACGUGUGGCCCGUCAAGGCCAUUGGCGAGCAUCGCAACAACCAGUACCAGCGGGUGCAUUCCCCCAUUCACACCAUGCUAUCGUCACAGAUCCCAAAGACGCACGAGGAGAAGCAGAUGAAGAAGAGCGGUAAUCACAAGGGACCCAUGCCGCAGAACUCGAAGCACUGGGAGAACAAGCCCACGCCCAUUACCAGAUAUAUUGCCUCGCUCAUGGAGCAGCAGGAAAAUGAAUACGUACUACAUCCAGCGCUCUUCACCACAGAAGAGUCGAGGGAGGCCAAUGGCGAGCGGAGGAGGCUCGCUCGGCAGACUGCGAGCGACGGUUGGGUCGACACCCAUGUCACCAACCUGGUAGAUGGUCAAGCUGCCGACCAGGAUGUGGAGCAGGGUAGUCUGACCGCCGGCAGACACAUCAUGUCGAUUGACUGUGAAAUGUGCAAAGCGGAGGAUGAGCAGCUGGUGCUUACGCGGAUCAGCGUGGUCGAUUGGGACGGCAAAGUAGUGAUGGACAAGCUGGUCAAGCCCGAGGUCACGAUCAAAGACCAUCUGACUCAAUGGUCGGGCAUUACAGCGUCCAUGCUUCAAGACGUCACGACCACGCUGGCGGAUAUACAAAAGGAGUUGUUGGAGCUCAUUAUGCCGCGCACCAUCCUGGUCGGACACUCGCUUAACUCUGACCUUAACGCACUCAAGCUGACACAUCCAUUUAUAAUCGACACGGGCAUCUUGUAUCCGCAUCCAAGAGGGCCGCCGUAUAAGCAGUCGCUCAAGUGGCUGGCACAAAAGUAUCUCAAGCGCGAGGUGCAAAAGGGUGCAAAGGGCCAUGACAGUGUCGAGGACGCUCAAACGUGCCUUGAUUUGGUUAAGCUCAAGUGUGAAAAGGGCCCACGGUGGGGGUCGAGCGAUACAAAUGCCGAAUCCAUCUUCAAGCGCUUAGAUAGGAGCAUGCGGCCCAAGUCCAACAACGCCCACCGCGCAGGAGCGGUGAUUGACUGGGGCGAUCCAAAUAGAGGACAUGGCGGGCAGGCUCGUGUUGCGAUUGGGUGCAAGACAGACGCCGAGGUGGUCGAAGCCAUUGACCGGACGCUGAAGGGGCAGGCCGAGGGCAAGGACGGCACGACGGAUAAGAUUGAUUUUGUCUGGGGACGUCUGCGAGAACUCGAGCUUGCCAGAGGAUGGUGGGAUGACGCAAAGUCAGCAGACGUGGAGCAGCUCCGGCAGCAAGGCCUCGAGCGACUGGGCGUCUCGCAACAUGGUGACGACACGGAUAUUAGUCUUGAGGGCGCUGCACUCGGGGAUGCCGUUUCGAGAACGGUGGAGCGGAUCGGCCAAGUGUACGCCUCCCUGCCACGCUGCACGGCCUUUAUUGUGUACAGUGGGACUGGCGACCCUCGAGAGAUGCGACGGCUGCAGGCCAUGUACCAGCAGUACCGGCACGAGUAUGCGACCAAGAACUGGGACAAUCUUAGCGUCAAGUGGACCGACACGGAGAGACAGGCGCUCUCUCUGGCGUGCCAGGAGGCCCGCAACGGAGUCGGAUUGAUCGUGGUCAAGUGAAGACGAAAAAGGACAAGGAUAAGUCUGGAAGUGUGGUUUGUGUCACACGCAAUGCGAAACGGACAGUCAUACGCCGGGCCCUAAGCAACUCUGCUACAUACGCUGGCCGAGGUUGGACGUGUGUAGCCCAGGUUAAUUUCGGGGGUGUCGUGGAUAGACAGGCUAGGGGGGGGGAGCGUUACAUAGCACAUGCUACACACUACAUGGCAUAUAGUAGGUAGGUGAUGUGAUUAGGGGCGGAUAAUUGCAAAAGUGGGAAAAUGGGAAUUGGAGGGUGUGCGAGGCUGAAUAAUGUGCUGCGGAGCAGGCAGGCGUGC